AUGCUCGUGUCUGUCGACCAGAUUAUAGCCGAUACCAUCGGCAAGGCCAGCACCGAUCUGCGCGCGCUCUCCCUGGCCAUCCACGAUCACCCGGAGACGGCGCUCAAGGAGGCAAAGGCAAGUAAAGCCAUCUGCGACUAUCUCGCUCAACGCGGAUUCCAAAUCACUCGGCAAGCAGGCAGUCUCCCCACCGCAUUUGUCUCCACCUAUACGUCGCCCAAAGGCGCGCAUAGCGGGCUGUGCAUUGGGUUCUGCGCCGAGCUCGAUGCGCUUCCAGGGAUCGGCCACGGCUGCGGGCACAAUCUCAUUGCAAUCUCGGGCGUCGCCAUGUUCCUGGCACUGGCCGCGGUCAUGGAGGCCUGCGGGCUCCCGGGCACGGUCAAACUGUACGGGACGCCGGCAGAGGAAUCCAUCGGCGGGAAAAUAAUCAUGCUGAAGGAGGGUCUUUUUCAGGGCUGCGACCUGCUGAUGAUGCUGCAUCCGGCCUCUGGAUACACUGGCCAAUGGCAUUCGCAGUGCUGCGUCUCGGUCACUGUUGAGUAUUUCGGCAAGGCGUCGCAUGCGGCGAUGGCGCCCUGGGACGGCAUUAAUGCGGGGUCGGCGGCCACCAUUGCACUGCAGAGUAUGGGUGUUUUGCGCGAGCAAUUGCGCCCGGACUGGCGCACGCACGGGAUUAUUACGCACGGAGGCCAGGCUGCAAACGUUAUUCCGGCGUACUCUCGCAUCGAGUAUACGUACCGCACGGGGUGGGAGGAGGACAUUGAGGUGUUGCGCGAGCGCGUACACAACGUGUUUGCCUCGGCGGCGCUAGCCACCGGGUGCACGCAUAAGAUCACAGAGGAGUUUGCGUAUUUGGACAACCUGGACAAUCCUGUGCUUGGCCGCUUGUACGAGGAUCUGAUGCAGGAGGAGUAUCGUGUGCCGCCGGUUAAGGGUGAUGAGCUUGGGGGGUCGACUGAUUUUGGCAAUUUGUCCAAGGAGUUUAUCAGCCUACACGGGAUGUUUGACUUGGAUGGGAGCGGUGUACCGAACCAUACUUUGGAGUUUGCAGCGCGCGCGAGGUCGGAGAUUGCCCAUGAGAGGGUGCUGUUUGCUGCGAAGAGCUGCGCCAAGGUGGCUGCCAAGUGCCUGGUUGACGCUGAGUUUUGGUCAAAAGUCAAAAAGGCCAAACGGGCGACUAGAAGCCAAAUGAAUCAUAAUUAG